UGUCCCUGCCCUCAUUAAUCUCGCUCGCUGCAAGGACUCCACCGCUGCGGUCUUCAAUUCCUGAAGCUUGCCUGCCCGUGGCGUGGGCUUUAUUCUCCCUGGCCCUAUCACUUGAUCCUAUCGACCGUCUUCCUUUUCUUGUGUCGUGCUCGCCCUUCGCCUGGCCUUUUGCCUCCUACGACGUCUGGACUGGAAAGUUUGGCCUGCCAUUUCUCCUUGUUUGUUUUUGCGGGCCGCUUCGUUGUCGUGGCUGGGCUUUAGGGUCGUUUUUUUUUCUCCCGUUGUUUCUUUGGCGGGACGAGAGCUGAGUCCGUUUCGGCAGCACCCCCUUUUGCGACCUUGUCGAAACGCCCUCCUCGCCUGGCUCCACCAUGUCUUUCUUUAAUGCCAGAUACUCCCCUCACCUUUACUAAGUCGCCGUAGCCUCCUCUGCUCGACAUCGUGCCCUGACUCCGGGCCCGACUCUUUGUCGUUGCUUCUUUCUUGCACGCCCGCUUCUGCUCCCGAGAUAUCCAACAUGGAGGGCAUCCUGGCCGUCCCGCCAGAUCGCGGCACCAUCAUUGGCCGCGCGCUGUGGAAGACUCGAUUCGUUGUCGUUGGCCCCCAAAAGAGGGAGCAGUCCGGCGCAACCUCGACCUGGCGCAUUCUGACCCCCAGGGACUCGCCCGGAAAUCCGGCCACCACAUAUCUGUCCAUCUACAAGUCUAGGUCGGAGCUCGAGCCGACCCUGCAAUACCACAUCGGCUCCGUUACGGACUGCCAGGUCCAGAUGAUCGCCCACCGAAAACAAGGCCCGGUCCUCCCGACUCUGGUGGUGACGUUUGCCCCUGACCCGGCCACAGACAAACUGCGCAAGCGCCGCUCGAGCCGCGCCGCCGGCCUGACCAGCAGCAGCAAAGACACCCCGCUCAACACGCUGUGGUUCCGCACCGGCGCCGAGGAUGGGACCAGCCUGCAGGACUGGGCCAGGUGCAUCCAGCUGCACAUGCAACGGCCGUUGCCGCAGCCCCAGUACGCCCAUGGCUCGGUUCCCAUGAGCCCCGUCACCCCGGCCUCGCCCACAUUCGCGAACCCCUUCGCCUCAUCCCGCCCCCGCGACCAGUCCGAUUUGUACACGCGGCCGCCUAGCGGCAACGUCCCGAGCUCCAGCAGUCGCGGGACACUCCAACACAAAGGCUCGACUCAGGCGAGCCGGGACCGGCCCAUUACGUACUCGGGCUCGCCGAGCCUGCGCUCUAAACGCAGCGACAUCUCGUCGCACGCUGGCGUCAUGAACCACAUGCAGCAGGCGGCCUACGCCACCCACUAUGGCUCCAUGCACACGGCCGAUCUUCCCUCUCCCGCAACCACGAUUGGGGAUUACCAGGGUGAUUUCAUCGAGGGCUGGACCACGGCGCAGGGGCGGUCGUCGGCGCUCAGCUCCCCAAUCCGCGGUCGCGAGAGCGUCGGCUCGGCCGUCUCCCCGCUGUCGGCGGGACUCGAUGCCACCCUCGAGUCGAGCUCGCCACCUAUACCGCGCGAGACGAUACUAGAUAGGGCCUUUCAGCUGCGCUGCAUUCCCGGCUCCGAGGCGGAGACGCCUGGGGAGGAGAAGCUGACGUCGCUCGCCAGGUUUGAGGCGCUGAUGAAGGGCAUGGACAGGAAACGUAGCCAGCGGGAGUCGGGAACUAGCCAGGCGACGGCGCAGACACCGACAGACCUGGGUCUGAGGGGCGCCUGGGACUCGGAUGAGGACUCGGAUGAGGACGACGACGUGAACGAUUACGGGGACCCCGAACCGAACCACCGGCUCGCGGCCAGCGGUUGCGGACACCGCCACGGGUCUCUGAACUCGCCUCGACACGGCGGCCGCAGCCACAGCUACAGCCAGAGCCAGAGCGGGUUCGCGCACGAGGAGGACAUCGCCGAGGAGGACGUGUCGAUGCCGGCCGGCGCCCAGCGUGCGCUUGAGUUUAUCACGACGGGUCGCUCGUCGCCGGCCCUGUCGGCCAUGCGCUCGGCCGCCAGCCCGAGAAGUCCGCGGAGCCCGACGGGCGAGUUCCCUCAGUACAGCAAUCCUGCCAGCAAUCUGCUACCUCCAAUGAACAACAGUGGGUCCUCUCAACUCCGGCCGGACCUAGGUCCCAGCAAAGAAUCCUGGAUUGCUCAACAGACUGCGUACAAUAGACCACUUCAGGUAGCGGCCUCGGGUGAUACCCUCCGCAGCAGCCCUGCCCAGCAGUCGGCGGCCGGCUCCCACGUGGCGAACACGGUGGCGCCGCCGCCACGUAUGCGCACCGCCCCACCGGCAGCCUCUGGCAAGCCGCAGCCGGAGCAGCACGAGCCCAUGUCCUCGCAGCUCUCGCUUGCGUCGCGCCGCCCCGCCGUUGUGGAGAAGAGACUGUCGGGACAGAGCCUGAAGCGACUGAGCAUCACGGAGCUCACCAAGCGGCUCAGUGCCAGCAGCCUGUGUAUGGUGCAGACGAACGCCAGCAGCAGCAGUGAUGGGGACUCCCAGAAGCAGCAGCAACAGACGCAAUCUUCCUCCCUCAGAGGAAGAGGUGGCAUGGUUCCACCUCCCGGCCCAGCCGACCGAGACAGGUGUGGGUGGCGCGGAAAAUUUGGCGUCGACGGUGGCUUCCUGUGAUUCGCCGUCGGGCACGUGUCCACCCCUCCUCUCUUUGAGCAACAAGGCUGCUUGUUCCCUAUAGCUUGCCCACCGGCAUCAUUCUGGCACUUUCGACUCUACUCUCCCACGACGACCUCCAUCUUCUCAUAGCGACCAAGAUAUACCGGAUUGGACGCCGGAACGCUCUCGACAUUUACCAACAUGCGCGCUCGCCGAGUCCUCGGCAAGACUAUGAUCCUAUCUGACGUGUUUUGAAGAUGGUCCUUAUCCACUCUGACCUACUCCUGCCUGACGGGGAGUGGUUUCCGUCGCUUGUUUUGAUAUACCCCACUUCUCGUUUUGUCCAUCUUUUCGCCUGUUUCUUCGUUUGUCUAAACCGAGCUUCACAUUGCAUUUCAAUCACGACUGAAUGACAUUUCCUUUUGUCUUACACCACCUAUGCGCUAGGGAGGCACGGUUGGUUUUUUAUGUCUGUUUCUUCUAAAAGCUCAUCUGCUGCUAAUCCCGCGCUUAUGUUUAAAAGCCGUUAAUAUCUUGCUGAGACUUUUUGAUACACGGAAAAAGGUCAGGGGAGAGGGGAUGGUGGCCCACAACACAAACCACGACUUUACAUACGUCCUUUGUUCUUUCUUUUACAUCGUACCAUUUACCACGAGACUAGAUACCGCUUCGUGACUUUAAAUAGGGAGGGGAGUGUAACGAUAUAGCUGAUGAUUGUAGUGAAGAUGUUGACAUUUGAGAUGCGGAUGCUGUUCAUAUAAUGCGAGUGGCUUUCUCAUUUCUGUAAUUCUCUUACCAUAUGACUCACCAAAUACCUGCAGUUUUGUAUACAUGACACUUUCGUCAUGUUGAGGCUUGCGUAUUUUGAUGCAGUGUCAAAAUUCAGGUGACAGUUGUUGGGCCUGAAAAACGACGCAUUUACAAACGGAAACGACAUCCCACCUGACGUCAACGGGCGAAUCCAACCUACCCACCACCACAAAUUCACCACCAACGUCACAC